UCAGGAGUAGCCCUGCCGUAACCCUGUGCACUUCCACAACAGAAGUCAACCUUUUUCCUGCCUUCUACGAGAAAAAGUUUCUGACCUCUGGUUGUCCCAAAGGAAUGCCCAGGGAGUCUGUUCGGGCCCUGCGAGUGUGGCUGCCCUUGGCUAGCAACCAGUCCCUGCAACGGCUCGGUUGUGAGUACAAAGGAUAUUUAAAUGUCUUCAGAAGAUAAAGAAGCUCAGGAGGAUGAGCUGCUGGCUCUGGCCAGCAUUUAUGAUGAAGAUGAGUUCAAGAGAGCAGAGUCUGCCCAAGGAGGAGAAACAAGGAUUUGUCUGGAGUUGCCCCAAAACUUCAAAAUUUUUGUGAGUGGCAGUUCCAUGGAGAGCCUGCAGAGCAGCAAGUUUGAGUACACCGUUUGCUUCCUGCCUCCCCUUGUGCUGAACUUUGAGCUCCCACCAGACUACCCAUCAACCUCCCCACCUGUGUUCACCCUCAGUGGGAAAUGGCUCUCCCAAGCCCAGCUCAGUGCCCUUUGCAAACACUUGGACAAUCUAUGGGAAGAGAAUCGAGGCUGUGUGGUCCUGUUUGCUUGGAUGCAGUUUCUGAAGGAGGAAACCUUGAGUUACCUGAAUAUUUCCUCCCCCUACGAGCUAAAAAUGUGCCAUCAAGGCAGUGAACAGAAUAGGACACCUUUGGUUGGCACUGAGGAGGACGGUGGUGGAGCAGCAGGCUCUGCUGCAGCUGAAGGAGAACUCAUUGAUGCAAGAGCCGUGCAGGAUGUGGAGUCCUUGUCCAGCCUGAUUAGGGAGAUCUUGGACUUUGACCAGGCUCAGAGGAGGAAGUGCUUUAACAGCAAGAUGUACCUGUGCAAUAUCUGCUUCUGUGAGAAGCUGGGCAGCGAGUGCAUGUACUUCAGUGAGUGCAGCCAUGUCUACUGCAAAGCCUGCCUGAAGGACUACUUUGAAAUACAGAUCAGAGACGGGCAGGUCCACUGCCUCAACUGUCCAGAGCCAAAGUGUUCUUCUGUUGCUACUCCUGGCCAGGUGAAGGAGCUGGUUGGGGAGGAGCUGUUUGCACGCUACGACCGCCUGCUGCUGCAGUCCAGCCUGGACCUGAUGGCAGAUGUCGUCUACUGCCCUCGCCCAGGCUGCCAGACGCCGGUCAUGCAAGAACCAGGCUGCACCAUGGGCAUCUGCUCCUGCUGCAACUAUGCUUUCUGUACUCUUUGCAGAAUGACCUAUCAUGGGGUCUCUCCCUGCAAGGUUACUGCAGAGAAGUUAACAGAUCUACGCAAUGAGUAUUUAGAAGCGAAUGAGGCAACUAAAAGGUUUUUGGAACAGCGGUAUGGCAAACGAGUGAUUCAGAAAGCCCUGGAGGAGAUAGAGAGUAAAGAGUGGCUGGAGAAGAACUCCAAGUCCUGUCCUUGCUGUGGUACUCACAUAGAGAAGCUAGAUGGCUGUAACAAGAUGACAUGCACUGGCUGCAGGCAGUACUUCUGCUGGCUUUGUAUGGGCUCCCUGUCGAGGGUGAACCCCUACAGGCACUUUCAUGACCCAUCUUCCCCGUGCUUUAACAGGUUGUUUCAGGCUAUGCACAUUGAUGGUGAGUUCUGGGAAGAUGAAGAGGAAGAUGAGUAGCUUUCUCUAGCAACACGAGCUGAACAAACCAGAGAUGCUUUCUGUUUUUGUGUCAAGUUUGUUUCUCACUUCCAUUGCGUGGCAGAGGAAUUGAUAACUACCUUGCACUGCAGGAUACCACCUUUCAGAGGCUGUUGCCAAAACCAAAAGAGACCAUUCUACCCAUCCUGUGCUCAGGGUCGCUAUGGAGGGCCCUAAUCAUCAUCUCAAGAGAUGCAACCAGUCACAAGUUGGGAAAUUACUGGAAAAAUACAUGCUAAGAGGUGUUCCUUUUCCAAAAGCAAACAAAAGUGAGGGCCCACAGCAUAGACAUUGUGAGGGGGGAGUGUCCUUCAGUGAGACUGCUGACCUUCCCAGGAUCUGGUCUGGUGUCCCUGGUGGGGCUUAAGGCAGUUGUGUCAUAGCUGUGUUGCUCUGUGUGGAGCUGUUGCUAGUUGUAUAGGGCAAGUCUUCUGAUACAGAGAAUUUCUCCUGUGUUUAGCAAC